GUUGGGCCAAAGUCUUUAAAGCUCAUUCACCCUUUCCUAAGACCUAUAUGGCGGUGUUAUCAAUUAUAAACACCAUAUUACAUGUCUCCUUAGCUUCUAACUAUGGUAAAGAGCCAUGUAUAAGUAAAGAUCCAUCGGUUUUGGACCCUCUCUGGGUGUCAUGGCCCACAGUGCAGCUGCCCCACUGGACGGAUGCGUUGCACGCCGUCGUCGACAACGCUGCACGAACGCCGACCGGGUUUUUCUUUUUCGCGCUUUAUGGCAAAAUUUGCUACCAUUCUCCAUCUGGUCGACAAACCGCACUUUCACCAGCGAAUCUCGACUCUUGCGCCGACUCUUUAAUACAAAAAAGCUUGCCACCAUACAUCGCUGCCGUAGUUCGUCAUAUACAUCUAACCAAAUAACACUUUCUCACGUCGCCCGAUUAGAAGAUACCUAUUACAUAGUCAGAGUUAUCAAUUCACACAUUUAAACACAAAUACCACUACAAUGUCCACAAUUUCACAGACCCAGCCUCGAAAGAACAAGGCUCCUUUCAAAUCCGCCAAGAAGUUCGUCAAGAAGGACGAACCAGAAGCCAACACAAACCUUGCUACUUUGUUAGAGUUGUUCCCAGACUGGGACCGCGAGGACUUGGUGCCACUCUUGGAAGAAAAUCGCCAGCAAUUGGACGUUGUCGUCGAAUUGAUUGUCAGCAACAAGGUCAACAAGUGGGACCAGGUCAAGAAGGAAAAGAAGGUGGUCAAGAAGGAACACAACUACGCCGUUGCUACUGAAACUCCCCAAUUGCAUAACAAUACCAACACCUUCUCACAUAACUCACAGCACAACACCGAUAAGGCCAAGUUCCAAAAGGCAGCCGCUGCUCCAAGAAGAAAGGAAUCUGGUGCCAAGAAGCCUGCAGCCGCUGCUCCCGUCGCCGCUGCCCCUGUCGCCGCUGCCUCCACAUCCGCCCCAACCUCUGGCUCCUGGGCCUCUGCCUUGGCCAAGCCUGAGAAGCCGGUUUCCGCACAGCCACAGGCUGUGGAACAUCCAACUGAAGAGGAGCCGGUGGAAGAAAAAGCACAACCAGAAGAACCAGCCCCAAUCGAAGAAGAACAGCCACAGCCGGUCGAAGCCCCUGUCGCAGCCCCUACCCCAGCCGCCGCUCCAAUAGCCGCCCCGGCCACCAAGAAAUUGUCGUGGGCCGCUAUCGCGGCACCAAAGCCGAAGCCAAAACCAACCCCAAAGCAAGCUCCCGUUGAACAAGAACCUGCCGAAGAAACUGCCCCGGGAACCGAAGAGGUUGAUCAGUUGGCUGAUAGCAUUGCUGAGGCUAUCGUGGAGGAGGCUAUUGUUGAGGCCAUCGUUGAAGAAGUUGUUGAGGAGAUCAUUGCCGAGGAAAUUGCCGAGGAGGCAGUUCAGGAAAUCAUUGAGGAAGCCAUUGCUCAGGAAGCCGCUGUUGUCGAAGAAGAGGAAUCCCAGGCCCAGCCAAAGUUCACCAGAAGAUUGAACCAGGACGCUGCUGUUGUGUUGCCAAACUCGGCCUCAAACGUUCCAGCUGUCGGCAUCUCUUUCGGCUCGAUGUCCUUGUCAGAAGAGGAGCCAAAGGAAGAAGCCGCUCCUGUCUCCGCGCCAGAACAGGCCCAGCAACAGCAACGCUACAACAACUACAACCGUGGUUAUAAUGGUACCGCGGCCGCCAACAAUGCCAGCAGCUACAACAACAACCAGUAUCAACAGUAUCAGCCUCAGCAGGCCCAGCCACAGCAGACUCAGCAGCAGCAGACUCAGCAGCAGAAGCAACACUACGACUACUACAACCAGUUCCAAUCGCAGGUUCCUGGCUACAACUACCCAGAGUACUCAUACAACUAUAACCAGGUUUCCUCUCCAGCUGCCACCGCCUCUAACUUGUACAGUCAACAGGCCCAGGCCCAGGGCCAAGCCCCUGCCCAGGGUCAGCAAGCCUACGGUAUGGCUCCACAGGCUCCAUUGCCUCAAGGCCAGCAGGAUUUAGCCUCUGGGGCCGCCGCUGGCGUUGCCCAGUCUCCAAUGAACGCUAAUGCCCUUCCUCAGUCUGCCGCUGCCUUGCCACAGGGCUCGGCCGCCGCUGCGGCCGCCGCCGCGGCCCAGCAGCCAUUCAACCCGUACUACCAGAUGCCAUACUACCAGGGCUACUAUCCACAGUACAACCAGUUCUACCCAAACCAGUUCUACGCUCAGCAACAAACCAGAUACAACCAGUACUACGGCCAAGCUGCUACCUCUGGCGCUCAGGGCCAACUGCCGCAAUCUGCUGCCGGCAACGCGCCAGCCGCUCAACAGGCUCAGGAACAACAGCAAGAACAAGGUCAGGGCCAAGAGCAGCAGCAACAGCAACAGGCCCAGCAGACUCAGGGUCAGGCUCCACAGGGUCAGGCUCCGCCACAGCACAUGUACGGCCAGCAGCAACAGCACGCUCCAUUCAACGGUUACACCUACCCAGGAACUGAAUACUCCCAGGCCACUCAGCGUGGUUGGUACUGAGUCCCGAAACACUAGCCUGCUUGAAGGCGUUUCAUCUACCAAAAUACUUUCAUUCAUUUCAUUCAUUGCUUUUUGUCAAAAUUUACUUUUUAUCCCUCCUGUUUUAUAUGUUGUGAUAUAUACAUCUAACCGUACUCGGUUCUCUCUAGCUAUCUAUCCUACGUU